AAUCCAUAAUAUAACCUAAACGAGACUUUAUCUAGGGUAGUAGGGUUUAACGCUUUUGAUCUCCAGCCUGCCAUGAAACUGAAGCAGCUCGAAUCAGUGGAUAACCUAACCAUCUCGACAUCCACUACACAAUCUUCAAUCCCAGUUGAUCUCCUUAUUGAUAUAUUCUCGAGAGUGCCGUCAAAGUCUAUAGCUAGGUUUCUUUGCCUUUCGAAAUCAUGGGCUUCCAUAUUUAGCCGUCCAUAUUUCACUGAACUGUUUCUGACAAAGUCCUCGAGUUAUCCACGGCUCUUGUUCACCACUGAAGUUUAUGACAAGUUAUUAUUAUUCUCUGCACCUCAGACUCAAAACCUAGGUCCCAAAUCUUCUGUUGUAGCCAGACCUUAUCAAACACAUUCCUCCAAUCUUGAAAUAACCUCCUCGCUCCACGGACUGAUAUGUUGUCAAGUUAAGAGCGGUGAUUAUACGACGCCGGUGAUUUGUAAUCCCGCCACUGGAGAGUUUCUUAGAUUACCCAAAUUGAAAAGGGAUGAGCAAAUGCAAACCCCGAUGAUUUAUUGCGGGUAUGAUCCGACCGACAAAAAAUUCAAAAUGCUGAGUAUAUCUGAUAACUUCAACACCAGCCAGGCUCGGGUUUUGACAUUGGGGACUGGAAAGCAUUUAUGGAGAAAGAUCAAAUGCAUACCCCAUAAUCCUGUGGUCUCUCAAGAUCAUAUGAUUUGUAUAGAUGGGGUUUUGUAUUACCUAGCUUACGCUGAUUUCGAGCCGAUGGAGUAUGUGAUAGUUAGCUUUGAUGUUAAAUCUGAGAAGUUCAGCUUUAUCAAUAUAGAUAAUGAAAGAACGAGAUUAGGUUCCACUUUGAUAAACUACAAGGGUAAAUUAGGUUUAGUUCAUUUUACAGAUUACAAUGGAAAAACUCUCCGCUUGUGGUUGCUAGAAGAUGGUGGGACAAAUAAAUGGUCAUCGAGUAUCCAUGAAUUGCCGCUUCCGGGUACGCAUCCAUAUACCAACAAAUAUCAAAUUGUUGGAAUGACUCGUACAUGCGAUAUUGUGUUGUCGCCGCACCUCUUCUCAGACCCUUUUUAUGUUCUUUACUACAAUGUCGAGAGGAAGACUCUGGCAAGAAUUGAAAUACAAGGGUUGCAAGAGUUGAAAUGUUACGGUGCUACAAUUUAUACCUUUCACGAUUAUUUUGAGGAUCUGCAGCUUAUGAAAUGUCUUUAAGGCUUCGGUUUCUCUUCUUCUUAUUAGUGUUUUCAUUUUGCGCCUAUGUUUUUCUAUUCAGACUUUUUAUUUUAUUUGGGUCCAUUCAUUCAGGUU